AUGAUUACCACCCUCACAGUGAUAGCUUUCUCAGUGUCCGUAGCGCAAGGCUCAAUAUUUGGCAAUCAACUCUCCAUCCCGAACACUUCGCCCAAUCUGACAGCUUGUGUGGACCAGCCUUCCUUCUUUUCCUGCGAGAACAGCACAGCUAUCAAAAACACAUGUUGCUCCCCGACGCCUGGCGGACUAGUUCUCCAAACCCAAUUCUGGAGCACCUGGACGGGUUUAGAGAAGAAGGGACAAAAGCUGCCGAAGGGUAGCUGGACAAUCCAUGGUCUAUGGCCUGACAAUUGCGAUGGGUCCUUUGAACAAUAUUGUGAUCUCUCGCGCCAAUACGACCCGACACCUUCUCCCAAGGUCUUACCUAACGGGAUCGUUGUGCCGAUAUACAAAGGGCCAGGAGUCGAUACCUUUAUCAAGCAAUUUGGAAGACAAGACCUGUUGACUUACAUGGAGAACUAUUGGAUCAACCAAGGUGCACCGAAUGUCGACUUCUGGGGCCACGAGUUCUCCAAACACGCAACCUGUACUUCCACUUUUGAUGUCGCGUGUUAUGGUCCAACAUACAAAAAGCAUCAAGAGGUUAUCGACUUCUUUGACGCUACCGUCAGGGCUUUCCACCAAUAUCCAACCUUCGACAUGCUCGCUGCCGCGGGUAUUACCCCUUCGAACAAAACGAGUACCACCCUCACCAAGCUUCAAAAUGCUAUCAAAUCACAAACAGGCGCUGUGCCAUACUUUGGGUGCUCAAAUAAUGGAACCGUCUUGUCGGAAGUGUGGUACUUCAGCCAUGUCUAUGGGACGGAACAAUUCGGUACUUACAAGACACUGGACUCUAGCUCUCCGUCUUCGUGUUCGAAAGAUGGGCCGGUUUGGUAUCACGAACGUACCGGAGCGUCUGAGCGUGAAGUGCGACACUAG